AUGCAAAAACAACAAUUGAUUUGUAUUAAUAUUUAUCGGCAAAAAAUCUAUAAAUGUUUACAACAAUCUUUACAGUAUUUGGGUGUAUGGUAUGAGUACUCCAAGUAUCCUUUCGUUUUCGAGGCCGGCGGCAGAUGUAUACAGGCUGAAUAUGGAGCCUUAACAAACGAUUCGGUUUCAGUGCUGAAUAGCCAAAUAUCAAUUUUCAAUGAAAGAUCUACUAUUUCCGGUGUUGCCAAAAUUGUCGGACCAGGCAAACUAUCCGUACGUUUUAAUGGUAUUGCUUCUAUAGCUGGGUCCGCUAACUACUGGGUCUUGGGAACCGAUUAUGAUAAUUAUGCCGUCGUCUACAGCUGCAAGAAACAAUUAUUCACACAUUCGGAGAACGUGUGGAUCCUCACACGUGAGCGCGUUCCCUCUGACGAUAUUGUAAAGAAAGCUUCGGCUGUGCUUGUUUCCCAAGGUGUAUCUUUGGACCCUUUGACUGUGACCGAUCAAUCAGGCUGCUCAGACGCAUGAAAAUAAGGCCUCAAGAAACUCUGGCAUUACGAGAUAUAUAAUCAAUCCGAAGCUAUGUAAAUGUUGUACGUAAAACAAAUAAAACACUACAAAUACCUGCAUCAAAA